UUCAUACACACACAACGCAGGCUACAAGCGAGGAGACGCUAGAAAGGCGGAAAGCGUAUGAUUAACCAAUCAGAAUGAAGAAAGUAAGGAGCUCUCUUUGAGCUAUUGUAUACAGGACCAUAACCUAUCCUAUCAGUGUAUCAGUGCAAUAACAACGACAUGUUAACGUUACUUAACUUAUCGUUAUCUUGUGAAAUAAGAGCUUAUCAAAGUUAUCUUCGCCGCUUGUUCGGCACGGUGACUAAUCGAUCAAUCUUUAAAUCGAGGAAUAUCUAAUAAUCAUGCUAUACUUAAAUGAAAAAUUGAAUAUAAGACUGCGACGAAAGCAUAUAGUGCAGCUUUAUCAUUGAAAUGUUGUAAAGACUUUAGGAGCAACCACAAUUGAUAUUUAAUCUUAGAAAGAACUCCGAUUAUAGGAUAUUUGUAUGUGUUGUCGGAAUUGAAAAAUGAAACAGAUUUGUUAAUUUAAAAAAAAAAAAUGGCACAAGAGUCAACUACACUUUGCCAUAGAAAAUCGACAAGUUACAUGAAGGUCCCAUUAAAGUCCACCGAACAGAUAUAUCUAGUAUUUCUCAUACCAACAUUAAUCAAUUGUUUUAUAUACAUAAUUAAUAUUUCUGCUGACUUGGUGGUAGCUAUUCAACACUUUAGAGAAGAAAAUCCAUUAUGGGGAACUUGCACUAUUGCAAUUAUGUAUGCUCCAGCACUUACAUACUUUGUAUUGACAGUUUCUAGACCAGAUUGGUGGAUGACAGAUGAUGAUAAAGCAUUGAGAGGUGUUUUCAGAUGGUUUGUCCUCCAAUUGUUUCAGUGCAUCGGAUUUGUAUUUUUUGUAUUAUACAGAUAUGCAGGAUUACUUGUGUUCUCCGUGGAUGCCAUAAAUUUAUCCGGAGAUGCAAGAAUCAAAACAUUAAAUAUAGCUGCAGCACCUGCAGCUAUUGAGUUGUACUUCUUCCUACAAGCAUGGUUCCAAGCUGCUCCACAAGCCAUUUUUCAAAUGCAUUUACUCUUCAGAGAGAGAUCUGCUUCUUCGGAUUAUCGAUCUGUGGCUGUACAAGUGCUCUGCAUCAUUAUGUCAGUUGUAAUACUCGCCAUUGAAACAGCCUCUUUUCAAAGAUUCGAGAGUCAACGCGUAAAUGGUAGAAAACUUCCUUGGGCAAUGUGGUUGAAAAAGUACUGCAUUGAGGAAUUGAACAAUCUCGAAGAAAAGGCACCGUUGCAAGCAUCGUUACCCUUAUCUGAAAAAAAGGAACAAGACAACGCCACGCCGCACGAAUCAACGACAUCGGAAAAAACGCCGAAAGAAAAUCCAGUUGUUACUGAAAACGAAGAACAGCAUCAAAAUCAAUCUCAUGAAGCUUCUUUAUAUCGUCAGAUUUCCAUAACUCCACCGUUACCACCGAAAAAUGCGCGCGUGACUCCGCCGCCGACGCCGCUUCGCGGCAUUACAACGGUCACACCACUUCCGGUGCCGGAUGCUCCGGCACCACCUCGUCCAGAUUCCGUUUACCGAGAGGAAGAAGCAGCGAAGGCAGCAUCGACCCUCGAGUCAAAUCAAAGACUGAUAAACAGCAGCGAACAGAGUCUAAAAGUUCCUAAACGCAAGUAUUCCGAGAAAGGCCUCGAGGAAGAUGAUCCGAUUGGAAAAUUUCUAUCCUUCCUCUGGUGGUUUCUCUUCAUCUUGGCACGUGUGUUCGCCAUUGCUGUAGCUUAUGAAUUCUAUCCAGCAAUCUUACUGGCUGUGCUGGGUGUACAUUACGCCAUCAUGUUGAUCUAUCUUUUUUAUUAUUCCAAGUAUUAUGACGCGAUCACGUUUAUUGUCAAUUUAUGGCUCGGCCUGGUCUACAUAUUUAGUCUGAUCGAAUACCGGAUCAAAUUCAAGUACGCUGAUUGGUGGACAUGGCCGUACUAUGUAUUCGUGAUCGCGCAGAAUUCGACAUUAACGCUGAUGUGGUACUUGAACGCUGAUUGGGAUGGUUUCUGGUACAUCUACAUAUUCUAUGCAAUUUUCAUCAGCAUGGCACUCUGCGUUCUCUCGUCUAUGGUGUAUCACGCGAUGUUUAAGCCAAAGAAAUGCAGAGUGUACAGCAGCUGACAACCACUAAAGGAGGCUAUGUUCUUUGGAUAAGUUUUCUAAAAAACGUACUUCCGUUCUUUUGCUUCCAUGCAAAGUAUAAAUAAAUUAUAAGUUAAUAAUAAAUUACAAAUUUUCUUCCAAAUAUUGAUAGAUCUCAUCGGAAAAAAUUAAAUGUUAAU